AGAGAGAGGGGGAGAGGGAGAGAGAGAGAGAGACUUCGGCACAGACAGGCGGAGAGAGAGGAUGGCUCGGUGGAUUUAGCCUCAGCAGAGUCUUUUCCAGUCCAAUACAACAAGCUUAUUACCUUUCUCUCUCCACGCGCUUGGAAACGGAUUUACGUGCACGAAAGGAGUUUGGAGGACAAGUAGGAUGCUGAGUAUCUUUCCUCCUUGCCACUGUUCUCCACCUUGCACUCCAUGACCUGAGAGCGCCACCACACCACAGUGGGAGGAACGACACAUCGGAAAGCGAGAGCGAGCGAGCCAGAGAGAGAGAGAGGAGGGCAGAAGGUCAGGGAAGGAAGGAAGAAAGAAAGAAAGGAAGGAAGAAACACACUUUUUUUUGUUUUUGUUCAUCGUUUGCCCUUGCCAAAAUGGCGGCGACAGAGGCCAGCGCUGCGCCAGUAGUCCAGGAAGAUGGGAAAACCUCAGAGAGCAAACCUGCAGAGGUGGAGCAACCAGCCCAAAACGCAAACUCAGAGACUGUCAACAGCGAGGUCGUUGAUAACGAUGGCACUGCUGUCAACAGCGAGGUGGUGGAUAACAAAGAGACUGUGAACAAUGACACAGCGGUGGCGGUGGUAGCUGCAGAAACCGAGGAGGGAGCAGCAGCAACAGGCGAGGAGUCGGCACCUCCUCAAAAUUCAGAAAACGCCUCUUCUGCUGAGCACAAGACCUCGUUUCUGGACUCGUUCCUCAACAAGAGCGGCCUGGGGAAGGUGAUGGGAGGGAGGAAGAAGAAGGAGCACACCACAGCUGCCAGUGGAGGAGAGGAGAACACAACUGAGGGGGCAGAGAAAGAAGGAGAGAAAGGAGAGGAGGCUGCAGCCGCUGAGGGGGGAGCAGAGGGAGGCACAGAAGGAGAGGCAGCGAUAGAGAAGGCUCCGGAAAAUGGAGAGAAGGAGGAGGAGAAGAAAUCAGAGAAGGCCAAACCAGCGGAGGCGAAAUCCACUGUUCGAGAUUUGAUCCGGAAACCGGUCGCGAGGAUCUUCUCCCAUCGCAGCACUGAGAAGAAGGACGGCACCGCCGCGGAACCCCAGAAACAAAUUAAAGUCCGGUCAAAGUCUUUGGACCGGCUGGAAGAUCCUGAAGCACUUAACACCACCGCAGACUCUGCCACAGAGGAGGGAGGAGCCACAGGAGGAGCGGAGGGAGGAGCAGAGGGGGGCGCAGAGGGAGGCGCAGAUGGAGAGCACAAGGCCUCGUCCUCCUCAGCAGCCACCAAGCACAUGAAGCGCUGGCACUCCUUCAAGAAGCUCAUGGCUCAGAAGGCACACAAGAAGAGCAGUGCAGGAGGAGAGGAAGGUAAGGAGGAGGGAGGAGAGGGAGGAGAAGGAGGCGGCGGAGACUCCUCCACGCUGGACUCCAAAGAGUCAGGGCAGAAGAGGUGGAAGCUGAAACGCUCCUGGACCUUCCAGGGCAUGAAGAGGGACCCAUCCAUGGCCGGCAUCAGCGGCAAGGCCAAGAGCUCAGACAAAGACUCUGCUGACAAUAUCAAGCCAGAGGAGGCAGUGGAAGCAGGAGGAGAGGAAGCAGGAGAGGAGGCAAAGGCAGAGGGAGGAGCAGAGGAGGCCAAGACAGACGAGGGAGAGGAGAAGGAGAAGGAGAAAGAGAAGGAGGAGAAGGAGAAGGCAGAGGGAGGGGAGGAGGAGAAGGAGAAGGCGGCAGGAGGUGGUACAGUGACACAUCAUGCCAACGAGAUCUGGACCUCGUUCAAGAAGCGCGUGAUCCCCAAGUCCAAACGAGCCAAUACAGAGUGCGCCCCCAGUGUGGAGGAGGACGCCGCUACAGCUGCCACCUCAGGUGAGGAAGGAGCAGCAGAGGAGGGCAAAGACGGAAAGUCGGCCAAGGCCAAGCGCUCGCACUUUGGCCGCGCCGUGUCCCUGAAGAACUUCAUCCUGCGAAAGGGCAAGUCCAGCAGCGUGGACCUGGGUGAGGGCGCCAAAGAGGAGGAGGAGGAGGUGGGAGAGGCAGGAGAGGCAACGGAAGAAGAAGGCGCCAACAAUGAAGCUGCCUCUGAGGAGACCAAUGACAAAGACGCUGCAGCGUCAGAGAAAACGCCGGCAGAGGAGAGCUGCGAGGAGCCAGUGAAGACGCCGGCUGAAGCUCCGGUGACCAACGGGGAGAACGGCUGCUCCAACGGCACAGUGGAGGAGAAUGCCACACACAAUCACCAGGAGGAGGAGGAGGAGGAGGAGGAGGAGAAGAAGACGACGGGGAGCAGCCCCGUGAAGAAGAGCAAGGAGGUGGAAGGAGUAAAAGAGGAGGCCAAUGCCAAGAUCAUCAACACCACGGCAGCUGUGAACAGCGACAAAAAGGCGGAAAACGUGUGAGGCCGCACAAAGAGGAUUAGAACUGGCCGGGAUUCGCGGAGCAUGGAGCUCUGAGCCCCACCCCCUCCCUCACCCUCACCCUCACCCUCCUUCUCCUCCAUCCCUCCUCCUCCUUCCUCCCAAAUAAAUGGAGUAAUCACAUGUCAUGGUGAGAAAGAGAGAGAGAGAGAGACUGAGAAAAUGAAAGGUGCGAUUCUUAAAAGUGAAAAAAAAAAAAGAAUAAAUACUCAGAAA